AUGGACUUUUUACAGUUUUUGGAGGAGGAAGAAGAGGAAGGUAGUGAGAUAUCAGAAAGCACCUAUGGGGAGAUAUUGUCAACUGCUAAUGCUUCUGAGGCAGCAGAAGAGAAGAGGGAAGACAAUUCUGACACAGACCUUUCGAUUGAAGAUGCUGAGCGCGCAUUUACGACUAUAAAGGGUGCAGACCUGUAUAGAGAGGCAUGCAAACUGGUGGGAGUGAUCCCUGUCUCAUACUUCACCCGGAACAUGGAAGAGCCUGUUAUGAAUCUCAACCAUCAUGGUCUUGGACCAAAGGGAACCAAAGCCAUUGCCAUUGCUCUGGUUUCCAAUACAACCAUCACUCACCUGGAGUUAGAGGAUAACUGGAUUCUGGCUGAAGGAACUACAUACUUAGUACAGAUGUUGCGAGAGAACUGCUACAUCCAAGAGAUGAAUAUUUCCCAUAAUCACCUCAACAAAGGUGGAGCUGAAGCUAUCUGCAGGAUGUUUUACCAUAAUGUUUCUAACAUCCGGUCCAUUCGACUUGCAGGAAAUGAUUUUAGAGAUGAGGCAGCACCUUAUUUUUCUGAAUCCUUAAUCGCUAAUUACAGAGUGAUAGAGCUGGACCUCAGUUACAAUGAGUUUGCUGAGAAAGGUGGAGAGCUAUUUGGACAGGUGCUAGCCAACAAUGAAUCACUGGAAAUUCUGGAUCUGAGCUGGAAUCAUCUGCGGCUGAAGGGUGCUAUGGCCCUGAGUAAUAGUCUUAAGGCUAAUGGAACAUUGAAGAUACUGAACCUUUCCUGGAAUGGCUUUGGGAAUGAAGGAGCCUUUGCCCUUGGAGAGGCUCUUAAAGUCAACACAAUGCUCGCUGAAUUGGAUAUCAGCAACAACCAUAUCAGCAACGAAGGGGCAAUAAAGCUAAGCAAAGGAUUAGAAAUGAACGGGAGCCUUAGAAUCCUAAAGAUGUCCCAGAAUCUCCUCACAGUAGAAGGCGCCAUUGCUCUUCUCAUGUCAAUCAGGAAGAAUUCAAAAUCCAGAAUGGAAGAAAUCAACAUCUCAAAUGUGCUUGUAAAUGAAGGAUUCAUCAGGCUGUUAGAUCAUGUCUGUGAAGUACGGCCUGAACUAGAUAUCGUCUAUGGAGGAAUUGGAGGCCACGUUGUGCAGAAGACUGAGCGUCAGGUCGAUGCUAUGAAGCUGAUUCAGAUCUAUUUAGAUGCCAACAAGCUAAAGCCUUGGGACUUUUUUAGGAGCAUGGAUAAAUAUGGUGACAUGAAAAUUCCCGUGGCAGAAUUUCGGAAAGCCAUGAUGCUGCAAUCAAAGAUCCCCCUGAAACGGCUGCAAGUUGUAGACCUGGUACACAAAUUGGACCCCAACAGAACAGGCUACGUGGACUACAGUCACUAUAGAGUUGAGGAGCCAGUCAAGAAACACAAGGAAAAUGAGGAUGGAGAUGAGGAUGAGGAGGACAAUGAUGCUGCUGAUAAAUGGUCCUGA